UCGGGCACCGGAUUGACUAUCAUUCCUGAGCAGAUUAUCAAGCCACCGUGGACCCCCUUCAAGUUUACGUGUAGUGCAAGUACCGGAGUGCGUGUCUCGGUGGUCUUCGCGCGAGAUAAAAAGCCCGUAGAGCUGGAUCCCCGAUUCAUCGUCUCGCAAAAGGGAGAAAACUCCGUUGAAGUAACCGCUCCAGGUGGUCUCCUCCGAAUGGAUGCGAAUGAGGAAAUUGAGUAA